GUUCCAGUGCCACAACCGAGGAUGGCUUAUCAAGUUCCACCGGGUCAGGUUCCGAAUCCGGUGAUGAGGCCGUACGCCACUAUGCCAAAUGGUUUCGCAGCUGUGCCAACUGCUACUCCUCAAGGGGCCUUUCCUCUCCCUGCGUCUUGUCUCUUGAUUGAAUACGGUGAGAAAGGUUGGAAGGCUUCAUAUUGCUUAGAGAACUCCCAACUACAACUACUUUUUUGGUAUGGUCAUUCAUAUUUGUCUGUUAUUCUUGUUUGCUUUUAGCAUGUUUUUUUUUUUAAAUGGGAUUCUUUUGCUAAGCCCAGAGAGAACUUGGUAUUUAUAAUACUAGUAUAGUAUUGACGAGCCCUUCCUUUUGCCCUACUACAUAAUAUACGGCUGUGUCAUUUUUAUCUACUAGGAUUUAACUGGUAGUUAUAUUGGAUACUGUCCCUGGAUAUUUGAAUUGCCAGAAGCAGACCAUGUUAGCACCUGAGUGUUCGUUCGCCUUGUUUCUGAGGUAUCAAAUUCUCUUAAUUGAUUUUUUUCUGACAUUUUCUUUGAUUCCUUUUACUACACCAUCAAAGAUCUAACAAUUGGUAACUUGAGAGUGAAUUUUGAAAACAUGAAAAUUUAUUAUUAUUUUUCUUCAAUCGAUAUCUGUGUGUAUGAGUUGCUCAAAGCGUCAUGCUUCUUAAAUCAUAAAAUUCUGCUUUUGAUGGACGGGAUUUUGAGAAAGCUGCAGUUCGAGAGUAAGGUAAGACUAAUUUACGUAACAGUUCAAGGAAUUUGGUGCUAUCAUUUGAAUGUUUUCAUCAGGUUAGCUUUGUAAUCAGCUGCUGAUAGUUUCCAUUCCUAUGCUGCCAUCGUUUAUAUGCUUUGGAUUUUGGUAAUGGCAUUUAUGAAACCUCAUCAAUUAUUCUUCUUUAUACUUUAAGCACCAUUAGAUGGUUAGAUGUGAGUAGUCCGCCAACACUUUCUGAUGCAUUGGCAAGAUGUUUUUCUUCUUUUUUGCAGGAGUUCCACGUUUCCCUUCUCCAUAUCCUGCUAUGAUUAGAACGCCUUUUCCUCCACGGCCACCUGGUGCUAUGGGCAUGGUUCCAGCAAUGCCACGACCUCCUAUUCCUGGGAUUCCUGGUGUUCGUCCAAUCAUCCCUCCUGUGGUUAGGCCUGCUGUUCUCCCAAGUGUUACACCAGCUGAAAAACCACAAACUACUAUUUAUAUUGGCCGAAUUGCACAAUCGGUGGAUAAUGAUUUCAUGCUGUCCCUUCUUCAGCUAUGUGGACCAGUGAAGAGCUGGAAACGGGCCCAAGAUCCUUCGGAUGGAACUCCUAGAACCUUUGGAUUUUGCGAGUUUGAGUCUGCUGAAGGUGUUCUUCGUGCGCUACGAUUACUGACAAAGUUAAACAUUGAUGGACAAGAACUAGUGCUAAAGGGUACUCAAGCAACAAGAGAUUAUCUAAAGCGUUAUGUUGAGAAGAAAGCAGAGAAUUCGAAGAAACUGAAAGAGACCCAAAUUUCAGAGACUAAGGAAGAAGAAGCAGACACAACAAAUGUGGCUAAAAAUGAAACUUCAAAGCCCUCUGCAGAGGAUUCAAAGGAAGAUAAUGAUUCAGGGGAAAAAGAUCUUGACAUUGCCUGUUCUGCAGUUUUAAGCGAUGAAGAUAGAGAUGCAGAUCGCGAGGCAACGGAAAAGCUUACAAAUGCAUUGGAGGAGAGGUUGAAGUCCAGACCUCUGCCACCACCCCCUCUUCUAACAACUGCUGAUGUCUCUGGUAAUUCAAGUGCGGAACCAUCUGCUAAACUGAAAGAUGGUGAAGCUGACGGCAAUACCUUGAAACCUGAUGCAGCUGAUGAUAGAAAUGAUGAGGACACAACUAGUGACCAUAAACAAACUAGUGAGCAUGACAAGCCUGAAACAAGCUCACCCGACAGAAGUAGAAGGUAUGACAGGAGAAGUCGAGAAAGAGACAGGGAGAGGGAUCUGAAAAGGGAUAAGGAGCGGGAAAUUGAGAGAUAUGAAAGAGAGACAGAGCGGGAGCGAGCUAGGAAAGAGAGGGAACAAAGAAGAAAGUUUGAGGAGGCCGAGCGACAGUAUGAAGAAUGUCUCAAAGAAUGGGAAUAUCGAGAAAGAGAGAGAGAAAAACAGAGGCAGUAUGAGAAGGAGAGGGAGAAAGAGAAAGAGCGUAAAAGAAAGAAAGAGAUAUUGUAUGAUGAAGAUGACGAGGAUGAUGAUUCAAGAAGAAAAUGGCGCAGAGGCGCUCUGGAGGAAAAGAGGAAGAAGAGGUCUAGAGAAAAGGAAGAUGAUUCAUUUGAUAGACAGAAAGAGGAAGAAGAAAUUGCUGAGGCCAAGAGGAAGGCUGAGGAGGAACAGCUGCAGAAACAGAAAGAUCCACUGAAACUUCUACCUGGUCAGACGAUGAGUGUCAUCGAGAAAACUGUUCUUGCUGAAGAAUCCGCCAAUGAGGUCAAAGUUAUGGCUUCUGAACGUGAAUCUGAGCCUGACUCUAGCUGUGAUAAUCAUAUAGGGGAUGGGAUCUUACAAAAUGGUAGUGGUGAUGAAUUAAAUACGAUACCAUCAGAGACUCGACAGAGUGGAGGCCUGCCUGCCAAAAGGUUAGGAUUUGGUUUAGUGGGAUCUGGAAAACGGACUGCUGUACGUUCAGUUUUUCAUGAGGAGGAGGACGAUGAAGCACAGAAAGAGAAGAAGAUGAGGCCGCUGGUUCCAAUUGAUUACUCAGCUGAGGAACUCCAGGCUGUGCAACCUGCCAGUACUGGGUCUCUGCCGCCAAAUUUAGCUGCAGCAGCUGAGUUUGCAAAACGUUUAUCUACUGUUAAUUCCAAAGAAGAGAAGCCUGAUGGUGAAAGGGAGCGGGGAAGGCGUUCCAGUGAAAAGUCAGGUCAUAGAGACCGAAAUGAUGAGGAUACCUAUCGCAGCAAAGAUGAGAACAAGACAACAGACAGAGAUAGGGAGCGAGAUCAUGUUUUGGAUAAAGUAAAAACACCGGAUAACAAAAAGCUUUUGGAUGCAAAGCAGUUGAUUGAUAUGAUUCCAAAGACGAAAGAGGAAUUAUUCUCAUAUGAUAUAAAUUGGGCUAUUUACGAAAAGCAUGCAUUACAUGAGAGAAUGAGACCGUGGAUUUCAAAAAAGAUAACAGAGUUUUUGGGGGAGGAGGAAACAACUCUUGUGGAUUACAUAGUUUCAAGCACUCAGGAACACGUAAAGGCAUCUCAGAUGCUGGAAUUGCUUCAGUCAAUUUUGGAUGAAGAAGCUGAAAUGUUUGUUCUGAAGAUGUGGAGAAUGCUCAUCUUCGAAAUAAAAAAGGUAGAGACUGGUCUAGCUUUCAGAACAAAAGCAUGAGUUUAGUUUUCAAAAUGUGUCGGCUGUCAUUGGUGCUUUCCUUGUGCCAGUAUUUUUCACGGCUCUGAACUUUCAGGCCAUCCAAGGAUCGCAUUGCUGUUGAGGUCUUGCUCAAUUGUAUGCUUUAGAUCCAUUCUUUUUAGUAAUUACAGUCGAACUUUGUCUCCCAUGAGAGCUUGCACUUGUAGCUUAAAAAAGAAAAAGGAAGAAAUUCGAAUCAACAGUUUUUAGUUUAGUGUUGACUCUUUGAGAUACUCCAUUUUGAAAUUUUGAGGCGGAAACAGCAACUUUAGUAUAUUGUAUAUUUGCCAUCUGAAAAGUUAGAAAGCAAAUAUUUUGUGCA